AUGCUCAGCAAGAUCGGAGUCCUCACCGGCGCCUUGCUCGGGGCCCUUCCCAUGACUUUGGCAUGCUUGGGUUAUGAGGGUGGUUUGCCCAAGCCCACUUCCAACAAACAAAUUUCUGCUCCCAUCUAUGUCAAGUCUGGCGAGGUGUUUGACGGCGGUUGGGCCAAGUAUGAUAGAAGCCCCACCUCAUGCAGAGAGCAGGUGGAAGGAGGUGAGAAAGACACGGCUUUCGUUUUGCAGAAGGGUGCCACUCUGCGAAAUGUCAUCAUUGGAAAGACGGCCGGGGAGGGCGUGUACUGCUUGGGAGGGGGGUGCAACAUCGAAUUUGUCUGGUUCGAAGAUGUUUGCGAGGACGCCAUCUCUAUCAAGAAUGACAAAGCUGGUGACGUUACCUGGAUUGUUGGAGGAGGAGCCUACCAUGCAGCCGACAAGAUCAUCCAGCAUAAUGGCUGUGGUCGUGUGAACAUCAUCAACUUCUAUGCAAAUGAUUACGGCAAAGUCUAUCGCUCUUGCGGAACAUGCGAGAAGUGCGCCCGUGAAGUUUACAUUGAGGGCGUGACUGCCCGUAAUGGAGGUGAGGUUGCUGGAAUCACCAAGGCCAAUGGUGACAAGGCCACUCUAGUAAACGUCUGCACCGAUGCCAAAACCCCUUGCCAGAACUACAGUGGUCCUGGCGUCAAGGACGGCCCUUGCUGA